CGUUCCCCCGACACCGUAUCGCAGAGCUGCGCCGCGUACGAUUCACGAUCGCACCCCACCGCAACCGUACGGUGUGGGCUCGUGUCCGUCGACGGAGUGUCAGUGUGACGACGGUCGGUCGGUCGGUGGUGUGCCGACACACCGGGUGCAUUAUCCACGACUGUGUGUGCGUGCCUAUGUGCGUGACGUGUGCGUAAAAGCGAAGAGCGGAGCCCAGCGGUGGAACGCGCGCGCGAGCAAGAGAGAGAAAGAGAGAGAGGGACGGGUGCGACGGCGAGGCGGCCGUGAAUCCCCGAUACGUGGCUACGCUCACGCCGCGCGUAUUCCGCGCGACACGAAUACAACGACGACGACAACGACGUCGUCGACUUGGGGACUACGACUGGAGCGAGAGAGAAAGGCGCGUACCCGCACGCGCUACGAAUUAUCACGCUUUCGCGUAAUCGCGACACGUCUCCUGGCGCGUGCAGGUUCCUAGCUCCUAGGUCGACUCCUUCGACCUCCUCCUCGUCGUCACUAUGGCGGACGACGAGGUUCUCUUCGACGAUGUUUACGAGCUCUGCGAGAUUAUCGGCAAAGGUCCAUUUAGCGUCGUUCGGAAGUGCAUUCACCGUCAGACCGGGCAGAUUUUCGCCGUAAAAAUUGUCGAUGUGGCGAAGUUCACCUCUAGUCCUGGUCUCAGCACUGCGGAUUUAAAACGGGAAGCUACAAUAUGCCAUAUGUUGAAACAUCCGCACAUUGUGGAGUUACUGGAGACUUACAGUUCUGAGGGCAUGUUAUACAUGGUGUUCGAAUAUAUGGAUGGCUCUGAUUUAUGCUUCGAGGUUGUGAGACGAGCAACUGCCGGAUUCGUAUACAGCGAAGCGGUUGCUAGUCACUACAUGCGACAGAUCCUCGAAGCGUUGCGUUACUGCCACGAGAACGACAUUAUUCAUCGUGACCUGAAGCCGCAGUGCGCCCUUCUAGCUGGCAAGGAAAAUUCCGCCCCGGUGAAGCUGCGCGGCUUCGGCGUCGCCGUGCAACUCCCGACAUCGCAGUCUAAUGGCGUUGAAUGUUACACGACCGAGUAUCGGCAGUGUCUGAGCCCAAAGGGGCAGCUCUACUUGAAGGCCGACAGCGAGGGUCGUGUCGGAUGUCCACACUUCAUGGCGCCGGAAGUGAUUCAACGGCGACAAUACGGGAAACCCGGUGAUGUCUGGUCAGCCGGGGUGCUGUUACACGUUCUGCUAACCGGUACACUUCCAUUCGUCGGCUCCCGGGACAGACUACGGGAAGCGAUAUGCCGAGGGCGGGUGCAGAUGGAGACGCCACUCUGGGAUUCCAUUAGCGAGCCGGCGAAAGACCUCAUACAGAGAAUGCUCACGACCGACGUAAAUCAUAGGAUCACCAUCCAGGAGGUUCUCAACCACAAGUGGCUUAGAGAUCGUGAUAAGGGUGCAGCCCGUAUACACUUAGGCGAGACUAUAGAAGAGCUUAAGAAAUUCAAUGCGAGGCGAAAAUUGAAGGACGCCGUGAAAGCAGCCGUCUCCUCGUCGAAAUGGCACGCCCCAUAUUCAGAGGCUAAUGGCGACAAUUUCUCCGACGUCGGGGACGACGAGGUGACAACUACAGGCGCUGUAGCCGAAAUCGUGGAUUCUCUGGAUGACAUUGAGGUUCUUCAAGAAAGCGGUAGAUUGUUACGCCCCGAAAUUAUCAAUGCUGUUGACGAUCAUCGACUUCGAGCUAUCUUAGAGCUUUAUGACAGGAUCUCAGGUCGCAUGCCAACACCGUGCAGAGCACCGCAAACGGAUGCGGCCCAACGUGCUCGCGAUGUUGAAGAGAUCCUGCGGGAAGCGGAGCAUUCAGCAGUGCGAAAUAUCGAUAGAGCCGAUCUCCGAGAACUUCAGGAUUUAUUGGUCCAGCCGCAUAUGAGGGCACUCCUACAAGCGCACGACGUCGCCGGUCACGAGGUUUACGGUGAGGAAGCCACCAGAGUAACACCACCGCCGCUGCUGCCGUAUCUGAACGGCAGCGACGAUCUCGAAGGGCAAAACGGCGACUUAGACCUCGAGAACGUCACACGCGUGAGGCUGGUGCAGUUCCAGAAGAACACGGACGAGCCGAUGGGAAUCACGCUGAAAAUGAACGAGGACGGGAAAUGCGUCGUUGCGCGGAUUAUGCACGGUGGGAUGAUUCAUAGACAAGCCACUCUGCACGUUGGUGACGAGAUCAGAGAGAUCAACGGUAUACCAGUCGCGAAUCAAUCCGUUAAUGCCUUGCAGAAGAUCCUGCGGGAGGCACGAGGAUCGGUGACCUUCAAGAUCGUGCCGUCGUACAGGAGUGCGCCGCCCCCCUGCGAGGUACAAUUGUUCAGGAUUAGGCCUCUGCCAGUGUUAAUUUUCGUUCGUGCGCAAUUCGACUACGAUCCGCUGGAGGACGAAUUGAUACCAUGCGCUCAGGCCGGGAUCGCAUUUAAAACCGGCGACAUCCUACAAAUCAUCAGCAAAGACGACCAUCAUUGGUGGCAGGCACGGAAGGAUAACGCGGCUGGCUCCGCGGGUCUUAUCCCUUCGCCCGAACUACAAGAGUGGCGCAUCGCUUCCAUGUCUAUGGAGAAGAACAAGCAAGAACAAGACGCUGAAGGAGAAGGUGGAUGUUCUUCUCACACCGAAGGCUGCGACGGCUCGACAGUAAAUUGCUCAAUAUUCGGCCGGAAAAAGAAGCAAUAUAAGGAUAAAUAUCUCGCUAAGCACAAUGCUGUUUUCGACCAGCUGGACCUGGUGACCUACGAAGAGGUCGUGAAGCUUCCUUAUCCUGCCUUUCAGAGAAAGACAUUAGUAUUAUUGGGAGCACAUGGUGUCGGCCGACGGCACAUAAAGAACACGAUUAUCUCCAAGCAUCCCGAUAAAUACGCCUAUCCUAUUCCGCAUACAACGAGGCUUCCGCGAAACGACGAAGAGGAUGGUCGUAAUUACUAUUUCGUAUCGCACGAUGAGAUGAUGGCGGAUAUAGCUGCUAAUGAAUACCUCGAAUACGGUACGCACGAAGACGCUAUGUACGGGACUAAACUCGAAACUAUUCGCAAAAUUCACGAAGAAGGCAGAAUGGCCAUAUUGGACGUCGAACCGCAGGCGCUGAAAGUUUUACGUACCGCUGAAUUUGCACCUUACGUCGUCUUCAUCGCCGCACCAGUAUUUCAAAACGUUGCGGACCUCGACGGCAGUCUGGAGCGGCUGGCGAAGGAGUCGGACAUGCUGAAGCAGGCGUACGGGCACUUCUUCGACCUGACCAUCGUGAACAACGACCUCGACGAGACGAUCGCUCAGCUGGAGGGCGCGAUCGAGCGCGUGCACACGACACCCCAGUGGGUGCCCGUCUCUUGGGUCUACUGACAGCGGUCGUCGCCGAUUCGUCAGAUCGUCACCGCGGACUGCAACGGCUCGUCGCGGGUGAAGUAGUGAUCGGGACGACCCAUGACGACCAUCGGACGAACAUCGAUCACCUCGCGAAGAUCCGACGGCGAGAAGCUACCGCGGCCGGCGACGAGCGGCCCGCGGCCGAUUGAUCAAAACGGGCGCACGUGCACGCGCACGUCGGACCAAGCCACAAACGUGCUCACCGCCGAUCGGCUGACGAUGGCCCGGCCGACGGUGAACGAACGACCGGAGUGCGUGACUAUAGGAUGGCCGUGUGUUCACGAAGUUCUUUCCAUCGCUGCGUAGCCAAUUAUUUUUACCAGUCGGGACACGAGAGGAGACCAGCGCGCGCGCGCGCGCGACGUGUCGUCCCGAUCGCCGUGUCGUCGACGAUCGACAUCGCCGACCUCACCGACGAGUCGCGUCGGACCUACCGCAGAAGAGGAUGAUGAAGAAGACGAAGCGGAGUGUGCCGGUUCGGGCACGACGAGAUCGAACGAUGCGUCCGGAGACGGACGCUUCCUCGCGGACCACUAAUCACUCCCCGCAUCUCCCCUUCCUCCCCCUCGUCAUCCUCCUCCUCCUCUUGUUUCUUCCUUCCCCGAGAUGUAACGAAGGUAACGAAGCGGGCGACACCGAUCAGCUGGGGCUCCUCUUGGACGAGACUGCUACGAAUGCGUGUCUUUCUCUCUAUAUUCCACAUACACACACACAUACACUCUGUCGCAUUUCUCGGCACAUUCCCGGCCCGGUUUCAGCGAGUCCACGCGAACGUCACGCGGCUCAUGACGGUCGCCUGCGAACACGAGCCACGUGCGGUGACAAGCGCCGGAGGAAAUCUCGUGCGCGGGGCGCGGAAACCAAAAGCCGAGGAAAAAGAAACGACGGCCGUUCAUGCUUCCUUCACGCGGACGUCAACGAAGCGGCUUGCACCUUCGUAUCCCUUCUCCUACCUGCGGAGUCUAUCACUCGAAUUUUCCGUAAACUGUACUUGCCUCCUAUCUCGUACUUUAUCGUAACUAUUUAAACGAAAAGAAGCUAGAUCGUGCGGCACGGCAGUGCCCUUAUAUAUACAUA